ACAGAAAUGCUGAACCUAAAAAGUGAAGGUGAGCUCAUGCUUCUGCACUUCAUCUGUUUUAUACAUGUUUAUGUAAUAGCAGCCUAAUGUGUAAUUCAUUUAUUGUCAACAACAGACUGCUGACGUGCAAAUGUAGGUGUUGUAUAAGAGAAUAAAUAUGGACUUCUUACGGUACAACGAUGUUAACGCUGGUGGUUUAUUAAACCAAGGAGACACUUGUUACCUGAACAAUGUGAAGCAGGAGCUGUUCCAAGGCUUCAGAGAAGCUGUGGAGAGACACAACACCUGCAUGGAUCGACACCUUAAAGACCUGUUUGAUGAGCUGCAGCGUCGCACACCCAGCACCAACACAAUCCUAAACAAGCUGGGCAUCGACAGAGUGUGGGAACAACAAGACGCUGCUGAGUUCUACGUAAAGAUCUUAAGUCAAACCAGUGAAGCUGCUUCACAGAUCUUCCACGGAGCAUUGACACAUACGACCAUAUGUCAUAAUCCUCAGUGUGGAGCACAGAAACCUGCAGACUCACGUUUCUGGCAUCUUCCUCUCUCAUUGAAUGAUUCCCACAGUGAAGAAUAUCAAGUGGUGGACGGCAUCAGGGAGUUUUUCAGAGAUUCUCAUUUCAGUGGACUGGACCAGAUGUACUGUGAGGAGUGUGAUGACAAAGUGGACGCGACUGUUACAUGUGAAGUGAAGCAUCAUCCAGAGGUUUUAGUUCUGCUGCUGAAGAGGUUUGACUUUGACUAUCGUUACAUGAGAUACGUCAAAAACAACCGCGCUGUGAUUGUUCCUGUCACUCUGAACCUCCCAGAGAACCAGACCUAUGAGCUCUAUGCUGUGGUGGAUCACGCUGGUGAUCUCAGGGGUGGACAUUAUGCUGCAACCAUCAAGUCUCAGGACGACGAUCGAUGGUACAACUUCAAUGACGGCAUCGUCUCAUUGCUCAGUUACCAGCCGUUCCAGGUGGAUCACAUUGAGAGGCGGGUUUUUAUCUGUUGGUUUUUAACACAUACAUGAUCCUGAAUAUAAAAACAACAUUCUAGCUCUUCUCUUUUCUCCAUCCAGGUC